UUGGAUGCAGAAUCUGGACGAACUCAGGUACGAACAAUGAGGGGAAGUGUCGGCGUGGGUUGAAAGCCAACAAUGAGCUUGAGGCCGAUGAGCAACAGAAGGCAGCUAGGAUAGGAGUGAGACGGGGACGACUGGCUUGAUAUAGGACCGGCUUUUCAAUGACUUCUUGGACGCGCUGGCACUCUUGUCGGUAAUGGGAGAUGGCGAAUGUCUAGAUCACCUCAUCGGUGGGCGGCUGCAGAAUUCGUCGGCGGCGAAAGUGACAAUAGGACUGACCCACUUGAUGCGCAGGCGGAUGAAGCUCGGUAUCAUGCAGGAAAGAAGGUGGAGGUUGUGCAAACCAAUGUACGCCACAAACGAAUGACAGGAAGAUGCAGAACAUCGCGGGAUGAAGAGAGACCGGCAGAAUGGGGAUGUAUUAUAAUGUUACAGCUCUCAGUCAAACCAGCAGUGGACCCUUCAACGCGCCCCCCAUUCAUCAUCUCUCAUCUCGGCCACAUGGUCAAGCCCAGGCGGCGGGAAGCUCUCCCGAACCCACCGGCCAGGGUCAAGGACCCAGAUGCUUCUUUCGUGAAGAUCGCCUUCAUUACCGCGGUGGGUGUCGGGAUGGGGUUCACGAGAUGGGCGGGCCUUGGCUGUUCGAAGUAUUGGUGGCGUUGCUUCGUGCUUAGUCAACUGCCCAUGGCCGCGAAUGAGACCGCCAACGCAGUUGAGAACGCCGCCUUGCGAGUGCGAGGCACAGUUUCAUGGCCAGUCAACCACCUGUUCAACAGAGGAGGCUUCCAGUUUCAAAAUCCCACGCUUGAAGAGGGCGGCCCCCACCCAACCUUUGAACGAUGGGACAAUUUCGAGAUGGUCAGGUGAACAAUCCCAAAGCCGCUAGUGCGUUCGACCCCUGUCGCGGCUGAAGCCUUGACCAUGCCCCUGGGAUUGAUCGAUUCGACACUGCACAGCCUAGUUGAAAAUGGAAGUGUCCUGUCAUGUCAUCCAUCGAUGAUAUGCCCGAUUUCCUAUUGUUUCCUCAGUUGUGAUGACAGCGUAGCACCGAAACCCCUCGUACUUUACAUAGUUACUGCGAAACGAUGGUCACAUCACAUCUCGACGACGCCCCUUUCCCCCAGUUUUCAUUAUAA